AUGGACAACCUUACUGCCUUCACAGAAUUCCUCCUUGUGGGUAACGCAGGCUCACGGGAGCUUCAAGUCUUGCAAGGUCUGCUAUUCCUAGUAAUUUAUCUGGGAGCCUUGGCUGGGAAUCUUCUAACCUUUUUGGUCAUUGUGACAGACCCACAUCUUCACCUCCCAAUGUACUUCUUUAUAGGCAACUUAACCCUCAUAGAUUUUUGUUAUAUCUCAGUAACUGUUCCUAAAGCAAUUGUGAACUCUCUAACAGACAGUACACUGAUCUCCCUUAAAGAAUGUAUUACUCAAACUUUCCUGUUUAUCUUAUUUGGAUCCACAGAGUUCUUUUUCCUUGUGGUCAUGUCCUAUGACCGUUAUGUUGCCAUUUGCCGCCCUCUGCAUUAUCAGCUCAUCCUCACCCUGCGUUUGUGCACACGAAUCGCAGGGGCCUCGUGGGCUGGUGGGCUGGUCUAUUCUGCAACUCACACAGGCACCUUAUUCAGACUUCCUUUCACAAAGUCCAAUGUGAUUCACCAGUUAUUUUGUGAUAUUCCUCAGAUCCUAAGCAUCUCAUCCCAGUCUGUGCAAUUUUCUGAGACAGUAGUCCUUGUGCUAAGUGCUUGCAUUGUCCUAUUUUUCUUCAUCAUCUUAUUCAUCUCAUAUGCUAACAUAUUCUCUACUGUGCUUCAGAUGCGAUCUGUAGAAGCCCGAAACAAAGCUUUAUCUACCUGCUGCCCCCAGAUAGCUACUAUUAUAUUGUUCAUAAUCUCUGGGUUAUUUGCUUGUUUGGGGCCCAUCUCUGAGGUAUCUACUAUUCAAAGCUUUCUCACUGCUAUGUUCUACUUCAUGGUGUCUCCCUUCAUAAACCCCAUCAUCUUUAGCCUGAGGAACAGGGAGAUCAAGAGUGCUCUCAGCAGAAUGUUUAAUAGAUCUUCCAAGGUCCCCUAG